AUGUCGAACAUUCCCGAAAUUAAAACUCCAAUCGAUGAAGAUAAAGAUUCUUUAUUUGAUGAUUCCAUUUUUGGUAAACCAGAGUUACACCAUAUCUUGUCUGAUCGAUCAAUUUCCCCAUGCCACACAGAAAUAGAUCAGUUGCAUCAUGAACAAGAACCAUCCCUAGAGCAAUCUUUGGAAGAAAGAUUAAAACAGAGACCAGGUCCUAUGGUUAUACAACAUAUGCCAAUUAGUUCUUAUAUUAGAAACUCCACUACUUCUACUGUUUCGUCUAAGGAUGUUUCAACCCUGCAAGAUAGUACCAGUAUUAAAUUGGCCUCGUCAAAUAAUCCAACAAUAGUUAUGGAAUUAGAUUUAGAUGGUAAUGUGCGUUAUUUAAGUAAAAAUUGGGAACACAUUGUUGGUACUAGAAUUAAAAAGAUAUUAAAUAGACAUAUCUCCAAGAUUAUAAUUGCCAACAACAAUGAAGAUGCUCAAGUAUUCAAUACUGCCAUUGAUGCCAUGAUUAAAGAAGAUUGCAGUUACAAGGUUAAAUUUAUCACUGCCACCAAUCACUCAAGAAGAAAAAAAUCAUUAACUCGUUUACAUGACGAUGAUGAUAAUGAUAAUGAUGGUGAUGUGGAUGUUGAUAGCAGUCAAGAAGAAGAAGAUGAAGAGAUACCCAGACCUAAUUAUCUUACCCCUCAUAAUUCAGUAGAAGAUUUUCGUUAUACACAAGUCGACGACUAUGUCAACCCUUCACAGGUGCAGGAUGAAGACGGGGAAGAAGAAGAAGGAGAAGAAGAUAACAGUGAAACUGCUAGUACGCUAUCUUCAGAAAUAUCAAAUGAUGGUGAAGUCAUGGAGCUAGAAGCCGAGGGACUUUUAAUAAAUGAUCAAAAAACCAGACUACCUACUCAUUCCAUGUGGACCAUUCGUCCAUUUGUUCAAAUAGAUUUGGAUUUGACAUUACCACCAACUCUUAUAGAUUUAUUGGGUUUUGGUGCGGAAAUAUUUGAAGGUUAUUUGGUCAAUCUUAAGAAUGAGGGAAUUAUUGAUGAAGAUAGUGUACCUCCACCAAAAACUGUAUUAUGUCGUAUAUGUGAGACUUACUUCCCGGCUUGGUUUAUUGAAAAGCAUUCAGAUAUCUGUAUUCUAGAACAUCGAGCUGGUGAGGAUUUACAACAAUAUCAUGAUGCCAUUAGUGAACAACGUGAUUUAAUCAUCAAGGUAUCCGAAAGUAUCGCCAUUGCCGGUCAACUACUGCCAUCUCCACUGAUACUGGGACUGAGUACUCCACCACAAUUGUUAACCAAUCAAUCCCAUAUUGCAACUGCAUCUCCUGCCUCGUCCUUAAUGUCAACAACUUCAUCUAGUUCUUCUGAAGAUAGCAGUGGACUGUCAUCUCAUAUUCUUUUAGAGUACAAGGGUAUUCCCUUGCCUAGUACAUCUGAUUUUCCUUCACCAAAAUUAGCUAAUAAAGUAUUGACGAAAAAUUUCCAAGCCAAGAAUAAAUCCCUCAUGUAUUCUAAAAAAUUCCCGUUUGGUAUACUACAAAGAAUUAUUGAAUUGUGUGAUGAAGCCUUGUUGAUUAAUCCUCCUUCAAAUAACGAUGAUAAUAUUUUGGAAUUUUCUCCCGCCUCUGAAAAGGCAUUAAACUCGGUUAUGAAUCCAAAGGUUCUCGAGACUUCUGACUUGGCAAUCAAACAAAUUAUUGAAGAUACUCAGCAAUUGAUUUCUGACAAGCUAGAUACUCUUUCACGAUUGGUAUCUAUUUUACAGUACCUGGAAAAGAUCAAACAUGAAGUGGAUAUGUUGGUUUUGAAAACAGUAAAGGAGACUGUGGAGAGAAUUAAAAUCCAAACGAUUUUAACUUCACGAGAAUGCACCCCUCUUGGGGAUAGUGCCUUGGAAGUAUCUGAGUCCGAAGAGCUGGUAUUGGGAGAACCUGCAGCAGUUGCUCCUACUUUACAAGCACCAAAACCACGAAGAAGUAGUAGAAGUCGAAGCACGACACCAAGUUUAUUGAAUCUUGAAAAUGCAGUGACUCCUAAGGAUUUGUUACUUAAGGAUAAUGUUGGCAACAAUAGUACAAGUCUUUUAAAAUCGCAUAAUUCAUCAUUUUCAUCAUUGCCGUUGAAUAGAUCCGGGUCGAAUUCAUCAACACCAAGAAGGUCAUCGGCUGGAAUUCCAAUCCCAACAGCAACAACUAAUUCUUCCAAAGAUUUACUAGAAUCUAUGCAGACUUUGGAUCUUUCGAAGCGAUCUUCAGAAAGUAAUUCGCAGUAUUCAUCUCCGAGACGUCAUUUAUCACCUGCACCAAUGUAUGUUGAAAAGACUAAUUUGACAACGUUGCAGAAGAAUACUUUGGAAACACCUAGUUCAUCUCCAUUUAUUACUACUACCAGUGGUAACCACGAUGACAAGAAGAUUACACAUUUAUCGUUGAAUACGCAUUUGUCACAUCAAUCAUCAGCUAGUUCAAGUCUGAAGAGCGCAGGUGCCAAACCGCAACCACCAAUGUCCCCAUUAUUGGUUUCUGCUCAACCACAAAGUAAGAGUACGGGAGGUAUCAAGGAUUAUGAAGUUAUCAGACCAAUCAGUAAAGGUGCCUUUGGAUCGGUAUUUUUGGCAAAGAGAAAGAUCACAGGAGAUUUGGUUGCCAUUAAAGUUUUGAAGAAACGAGAUAUGGUUGCAAAAAAUCAAGUCUUAAAUGUCAAAUCUGAACGAGCAGUUAUGAUGAGACAAUCUGAUUCACCAUAUGUUGCACAAUUAUAUAGCAGUUUCCAAUCACGAGAAUAUUUAUAUAUUGUCAUGGAAUAUUUGAAUGGUGGUGAUUGUGCUACAUUGAUUAAGAAUUUGGGAACAUUAGGUGUCGAUUGGACAAGACGUUACAUCUCGGAAAUUAUUGUUUGCGUUGAUGAUUUACAUAGUCGUGGGAUCAUUCAUAGAGAUUUGAAACCAGAUAAUAUUUUAAUUGACCAGAACGGACAUUUGAAGUUGACAGAUUUUGGAUUAUCAAGACUAGGAGUUGUGGGCAGACAAAGGACCCAACAACAACAUAGAAAAAGUAGUACCAACGAGCAAGGUCUUGAAUUGUUUAGAAGUAUGAUUGAAGAAUCCCACCACAAAAGGACAAAUUCAAUAACUCCAUUCACCUUAUCACCAAGUGUUGAUUUCCCUAGAACCCCAACCCAACAAACACCGACAUCCAUUACUACUACAAACUCAACAAACACCACCAGUACUACAACUACAACGGCAGCAACAGCAACAGCACAAGCGCCUUUGGGGAUCCCACCAUCUCCACAAUCUUGUAGUUCACCAACGUUGGCAUAUUUGGAAUCUUCAUUCACUUCAACUCCACCACAGAAAUCAUUUGCCAAAUUACGCAGUCGAUCAGGAUCAAGUGGGUUCGUUGAUUCACCAGUACUCAAACCAAUAAUUCCUCGAACAGCAUCGGAAUCAUCGUUUGCCAUAUUGGAUGAUGAUCAAAUGUCAACGACGAAUUAUGCAUUGUAUAAUCCAGAAAUAACCGCCGAAGAAGGUGGUCAAAAGAAUGUGAUUAAGUUUGUGGGUACUCCUGAUUAUCUUGCUCCUGAGACUAUUCAAGGUGAAGGUCAAAGUCAAGCUAGUGAUUGGUGGUCUGUUGGUGUUAUCAUGUAUGAAAUGAUUUAUGGUAUAACUCCAUUCCAUGGUGAUUCCCCUCAUAAGAUAUUUGAAAAUAUUCUUCAAUGUUCAAUUACAUGGCCCGAUAAUCAAGACGGUGAAGAUGUAACAUUAGCAAACGAUUUGAUUUCCAAAUUGUUAGUAUUGAAUCCAGUAGAAAGAUUGGGUUAUGAAGGAGGAGCUGAAGAAAUUAAAAAUCAUGAUUUUUUCAAAGGUGAAGUUGAUUGGGAUACUUUAUUUAGUAGAUCACCUCCAUUCAAGCCAGAAAGUGACAUUAAUUAUCAUGAUGAUAGAGGAGCAUUAAAGAGCAAAUUACCAAUUGAGGAUGAUUCAGCUAUUGAUGAAGUGACAAGACCACGUAUUGGUGAAUUAUCUGGAGAAGAUACCAGCGGUACAAGUGGAAGUGGUGGUCUCUCUAAUUCUGGUACUGGUAGCGGUAUUGGAGGAAGUGGGAAAAGGGAAAGAAGAGGAAGUAAAUUGGUUGAUCCUAGUGAAUUCGGCUCAUUCCUGUAUAGAAACUUGUCGGUUUUGGAAAAGGAAAAUAAGAAAGAAAUUGAAAAAUUGAAAAAUAUGUAUAGUUCAUAG